AUGAAUUCAACUCAGGGAAAGUCCGAGAAGCCACCAUGUAGUAUUUGUGGAGAAGUUGGUAAUGGAAUUCACUUUGGUGCUGAAGCCUGCAGGUGAGCCUUUUUUAAAGCUAUUUCAUGCGAACAGUUCCAACACUGUUAUACAGGGCAUGUGCAGCAUUUUUUCGAAGAUCCGUUGCAUUAAACAAAGGAUAUCGUUGCCGAGGUAACGGAAAAUGCGAAAUAGUUUCAAGUAAGUAAAAUCUUCAUAGAGCUGACGUCCAAAGUCUUAAUUUAAGCCAUCCGUUGCAUGUGUAGAUCUUGUCGUUUUGGAAAAUGUAUUGCAGUCGGAAUGAAAAAAGAAGGUUUGAAAAUGUAGGAGUGACGCGAGGCUAAAAUUUUUUUUUCAGCGGUUCAGAAAUAUAGGGAUGCUUAUGGAAAAAGAGGAUCAGAUGUCGAAAGCCCAGGAACAUCAGGUGCAUCGGUUAUUGGGAGCAUGCCCAACUUUGCUUCCCUGGAGAGCGUCGAAGAAGGCGGGAUGCCGAUUUUAAAUACAUUAGGAGCGAAUUACGCAAAAUUAGAAAGUGUUCGUAGAGUUGUUCAUCAUGAACAAGGAGCUAGUGUUUUUCAGGUACUUGGCAGUGAUAGAUUAUGCAGAGGAUGUUUUAAAAACUGAAAAACCUCUUCUGCAUAGUCCCAAAAAAGUUCUCACAUACGGUUUGCAGACUCGUGUUCCAAAAGCGGUAACAUAUAAAGAAGCAAAUGAAGUUAGUUCGAAAGAAUGCGAUUUGGUAGCUGAUUGGAUACUUAACUCUUAUCCCGGCUUUUCUGAUCUUCCCAAAGAACAGAAAGUAAACGUGGAAAAUUUUACACGGCGCAGCACAAUUGUCAAUUUCAGAAAAUUCUUUUCCGCAACUUUUUCCUCCCCUUUGUUAUUCUUCAAGGCGGCCAUUUUGCAUGCAUUCACAGUCAGUGAAACAUGAUCUAUCUCUAUUAUAGGGGCACCGCAUAGAAAUGGCGCUCUGUUGAGAAACUCUUUUUGCAGUGCAAAUUGAGCGACCUCGGGGCCGAGUUUGAAAAGUUAGGCCACAUUUUCAGUGGAAAAUUACUUCGCGGCCUAGAAAUUCGGCCAGAUUGCGAACAGCGCGCCCUUUCUGUCCGGUGCCCCUAUAAUAUAUAUUCAUAAUUUUUUGUUCAGACAGGAACGAUGUGAUAAUUCUUGCCUCUGGAGAUUAUAUAGAUUGUUCCCAUCCCGAAACGUUUUAUUACGACCCAGAUGGAAGACAACUUAUGUCAUCGGAAGAUGCUGUCAGAAUGUUUGCCUCAUCGUUUAGCAAUUAUAGAAGAAAUGUGACUGAUCCCAUGUUACGAGACAACGUUGAUAGUUACGAGUUUUUCGCUUUGUGCUCUUUAGUACUUUUUGACACAGGUCUGUAAUUCGCUUUGCAAGAUUAUUAUGCGCUCGCCGAAGUUGACGCGAUUCUUGAUUUACACUAUUUUAUCUUCAUUAAACCGGCUGAAAUCGGUUUUUUUGUCAGAAAAAUUUGCGAAAAUUGUGAUCAACAUUUCACCUCUUUGAAAAGGAAAAACCACGAUGUUAUUGGGAAAGUACAGUACACUGUAGCAAUUCUGUGCAUUCUGUUUUGUUUGCACAGAAGACAUUUUAAGCGACGCAGAACCCAAUUUUUCGGAGAAAAUUGCUGAAAAAAAAAUGAAAAAAAAGGAAUUUUGUUGAAAAAUUGCAGGUUUGGAAGGACAGUCAGAAGAAUGCAUCAUUGUAUCUCGUCGGAUUCGGGAGGCAAUCCAAAGGGAGAUACUGUACUAUUACAGAAAUGUGCGCCACAUUGAUGACCCAUCUAUGCGGUUGGCAAAUCUUUUAUCACUACUUCCAGCAUUACAAGUACGCAAAUAUGGGAACCUUUGAGGAGCUAUGCUAAUUUUCCAGAGAGCUACGCGGCGAUUUCAAGAAGAUGUCGAAAUUAGUCAUGUAUUUAACGUCUAUUCCGUAG